AUGCCUCGUCCUAUGCAUAAUACGACCUCUCUGCCCAGGGAUCUUCGAAGUGAACUUGGGAUAAGAGAUACCUACGGCGACAAGAAACGGCAACGGAACGGACCUUCGACCCGCAAAGAGCGGCGGCAGGCUGAGCGGGCAGGGAAGAAAUCGCACAAACCAGCUGGACCGAAUCGGAAGAACGGCAGCCGAUAUGAGAAGGCCGUUGAGGGGGACAGCGAUGACGAUCUUGGUUUAGACUCCGACGAAGCCAUUUCCAUUGACGAUGCACCUGCGCCGAAGAAGUCCAAGGCUGCCAAGGAGCCGGCCCCGAAGCCGAAGUCGAUUCUGAAGAAACCCCAGAAGCUGCAGGAGUCUGAAUCAGAUGAGGAAGAGGACGAAAUUGAAGAUGAAUCCGAAAAUGAGAAAUCGAAUAGGUCCCAUGUUUCGGAGAAUGUCAAGUCGAAGCUAGCGCAAGAUGAUGCCGACAUCGCUGCACUGGAGAAGAAACUGGGUAUGAAAAAAGGAAACAAGCUUCCAAAGGCCUUUGCGGAUGACGGCUUGGAUGAUUUACUGGGUGACUUGGGUGACGCCUCGGACGAUGACAAUCGGAAACGCAAGAGAGAGGCCGAUGACUGGUUACUUAGCAAGCGACGCAAGGCUCAGGCAUUGCAGAAAGCAUCAAACAAUGAUGAUGGUGAAGAAGACGACGACGACGAAACGGACAGCGCAGAGGGUAUUGGAGACUUCGACGAAGAAGUAUUUGGGAGCGACGACGAUGGCGAAGUGAGCGCCGAGGGAAGUGACUUUGAUGGUUUCGAUGAGGACGAUGACAAUGAGGACGAGGAGGAGGAAGAGGAGAAGCAACCAAAGAAAAAGGAAAACCCUUAUGUUGCGCCAGUGUCCAAGCCCGCGAAUACUCAGCCCCAGAAGUACAUUCCGCCGUCAUUACGAGCGCAUUCCGAUCCGGAGACAGAGUCUUUAACGCGGCUGAGACGCCAGGCUCAAGGACAUUUGAACAAGCUGUCCGAGGCCAACUUAGUAUCAAUCCUCGCCGAGUUUGAAAAGCUCUACCGCGACUAUCCGCGCCAGAAUGUCACAUCCACCUUGAUCAACCUCCUGAUGGGUUUGAUCUGCGAGAGGUCUGUUUUGCAGGACACUUUCAUCAUUCUCCAUGCAGGAUUCAUUGCAGCCCUGUACAAGGUUCUGGGCAUGGACUUUGGCGCAGACAUUGUGCAGAAAGUCGUCGAAACUUUGGAUGCCGACGGCGAUGAGCGUGGGACGUUUGAGGGCAAAGAGUCGACCAAUUUGGUCUCUCUGCUCUCGCAGCUUUAUAAUUUCCAUGUCAUUGGCUGCCCCUUGAUGUUUGACUAUAUCCGCCUGUUCCUGCAGGAGAUCACAGAGACCAACACUGAGCUCCUGCUCAAAGUCAUUCGGAAUUCUGGCCCACAGCUCCGGCAAGAUGACCCGUCUGCAUUGAAAGAUAUUGUCUUGCUCAUUCAACCUGCCGUGGCAAAGGCGGGCGAGGCGAGUCUUUCCGUUCGGACCAAAUUUAUGAUCGACACCAUCACCGAUCUCAAGAACAACCGCGUCAAAUCCGCCGUCGGUGCCAGCGUAACCUCCGAGCACAUCACCAAGAUGCGCAAGAUCUUAGGAUCUUUGAACAACUCGCGAGCCAUCCGUGCCUCCGAGCCGAUCAGCAUCUCCCGCUCAGAUAUUCACAACUCCUCCAAGAAGGGAAAAUGGUGGCUGGUCGGUGCAAGCUGGAAAGAGGAUCCUCUCGUUUCCGCAAAACAAGAACUGUCCGGCGUUCCAACGACCAGUGUUGAUGCCCAAGAGGAUGACAGCGACCCAGAGCCCAACCUUCGGGAUCUCGCCAAGGCCCACCGCAUGAACACGGAUGUCCGUCGAUCGAUUUUCGUGGCUAUCAUGUCCGCGAGUGACUUCCAGGACGCGCACGUUCGACUCCUCAAGCUCCGACUCAAGCGCGCACAGGAAUUCGAGAUUCCUCGCGUACUACUCCACUGCACCAUGGAAGAAGAAUUCCACAACCCCUAUUACACACUCAUUGCGCGACGGCUAUGUGGAGAGAUGGGGCGGCGCAUCAAGAUGUCGUUCAUGUUCGCUCUCUGGAACAUUUUCAAGAAAAUGGGCGAGCGGGGCGACCUGGACGAGGAUGACGACGACGGCCUUGACCCAGAUGACGAAGAAAAUGGAGUCGCUUUGAAGUCCGUAGUCAAUCUGGCCAAGAUGUAUGGCAUGCUGAUUGCGGACGGCACCCUGACACUGGGCAUCCUGAAGAACCUCAAUUUUGCAUAUUUGCAACCAAAGACCAAGACCUUCACCGAGCUAUUGAUCAUCACCAUUAUCCAGCAGUCUCAAAAAUCUAAAAAGGCUCUCAAGAAGAAGUCCAAAAGAUCCGCUUCGGAUGACUCUAUGAAGGAUGAGGAGUCUCUGAUGGAAAUCUUUUUGCGCGUCAAGGACACGCCACACAUCGCUAAAGGACUCAUCUUCUUUGUGCGCAAGGUCGUUGCCAAGACUGAUAUUGUGUCCUCGGAGAAGGAACAGAAGUUGGUGCGAUGGGGAUGCAAUGUGGCCGUGGAUGCUCUGAAAGUGGUUUCGACUUGA